AUGGGCCCUCCCCGGACGCCCGGAAAGCAGGGAUCGGCGCUGAAGAAAGGAUUCAAGACCCCCAUCAAGUCCGCCAGCAAGCCGUCGGCGGCCUCGAGCGUGCCGAGCAAGGCGAAAGCAAAGUUGCGUGUCGACAGCAGCAAAAAUGAGGGCCGUGGUGACGAUGCCUUGAAUCCUCACCAGCAGCACGAGAGCGAUGGCGAAGAGCAGCAAGUCGGGGCCCGGCACGGCGGCCAAACCGGACUGAAGCAGCAGCGGCAGGAGCAGCAGCGGAAGCAGGAGCGCCAGGAGCGGCGGCAGCAGCAGCAGCAGCGGCGGCGGAAACCAGAUAGCGAGGACGGCGCCGAGCAGGGUGAUGAUGACGUGGACGGUGAGCAGCCCGGCGACAGCAGCGAUGGCCGCGGCGCCCCAUCCAGCGAGGAUGGCCGCAGCAGCAAGGACGGGGGCGCCGGCGCGGCCCGCGAGGCGGCAGCAGCAGCAGCAGCAGGCGGCGGGGGGCAGGGCGGCGCGGGCGACGGCGGCUUGGAGGCUGUGGAGAGGGGCCUGGCGGCGCUGAAUUCAGACGGCGGCGCGGCAGCGCUGCUGGCGGAUGAGCCCGAGUUGCUGGCCCUCCUCAAUGACAUGCAGGGGUCGCUGGCGGAGGUCCGCGGCCGCGUCGCGCCGCUGCUGUCCGAGGUUGCGGGCGGCGGCCUCCGCACGUCCGAGGGGCUGUCGUACCUGGAGGCUAAGCACCUGCUGCUGCUGCAGUACUGCGCCUGCCUGGUGGUUUACAUCAUGCUGCGGGCGGAGGGCCGGAAGGUGGAGGGGCACCCGGUGGUCACCAGGCUGGUGCAGCUGCGCGCCUACCUCGAGCGCACCCGCCCGAUCGACAAGCAGCUGGCCUACCAGAUAGACAAACUCCUGCGCGCCACGUCAUCCGGCGACGCCGGCACCGGCGGCGACGCGGACGCCGGCACAGGCACGGGCGUUGACGGCGGCGGCGAGGACGCGCCCGCUGUGGCAGCCGGCGGCGACGAAGACGCGCUGCGCUACCGCCCCAACCCUGCGGCGCUCCAGACCAAGGCGCCGCUCAGCGGCGGGCUCGGCGGGGGCGAGGGGGGCGAGGGUGGCGAGGGCGCUGGCGGCGUGUACCGGCCGCCGCGGCUCAACCCUGUGGCUAUGGAAGAAGACCUGGCAGCUUCCCGGCAGGAGCGGCGGCGGGCGGUGGAGCAGAAGCGGCGCGCCAAGGGCAGCUCCCUGGUGCGCGAGCUGGCACAGGAGCUGGCGGGCGCCCCGGACGAGGUGGAGGCCCUGCUGCCCGGGAUGGACGGCGCCGCGGCGGCCGCGACGCGCCGGCGCCUGGAGGCGCGCGCGGCGCAGGAGGAGGAGCUGAUGAUGCGGGUGCCCCUGGGGAAGGCGGAGGUCAAGAGGCUCAAGGCGCAGAGGAGGGCCGGCCUCUCCAGCCAGGGCUUCCUGGACGGCUUCGAGGACGAGGUGGCCGACCUGGUGGGGUUGGCCGCUGCAGACAGCCGCGGCCGCGGCGGCAGUGCCAAGGGCAGGGCCGCGGCGCCGCGGCAGGGGGCGCCGCUGGACGACGGGUUCGGGUUCGGCGGCGGAGGGUUUGAGUUCGAGACUGGGGCUGGCCAGAAACGGCGCGCCGCCGGCGGCCCGGACGAGCUCUUUUCCGCGUCAAAGGCGGCGCGUGCGGCGGCGGGCAAGGGACAGAAGCGGCGGCGUUGA